AUGGCAAUGAAUUCGAACAUUGAUGAAGCCAAGAAGCUUGCUGAUGAGUUUAAGAGGGAGGGCUAUUUUGAUAAGCUGAAGCAGAAGAUUCUUUCCCAAGAACUGAAUAACGGCGAAGCUGAGACUACAAUAGAGCAAAUCAUCAGGCAUAAAGUUGAUACAAUUGUGAAAGGCAUGGUUGCAGAUGAUGAGAACCUUGUAUUCAAGAAUAGGGGAUCCACAAGUGCACUUAUCGAGUCUCAGUUAUUUAAAGACAACUACAAGAAGCUCUCCGAAGGCAAUGGCGCCUUGAAUGUGGACGAAUAUAUCCAAGAACAACUCAAUGAUAAACUCCUGCGAUCCCACAUCAAAGAAAAGCUGGAAGCCUUAGCCAAUAAUAAUGAGUCGAAUGAAUAA